AUGGCAGCAGUUGAUAUGCCAACUAUGCAGAACUUCAGUGUUACCGAUGUGCCAGUUACGCUGCAUCUUAGAAAGCACUCUCCACGUAGUGGCAACGGCUCACCGGUAUUAUGUUUUCACUUGCAACGUUACAUCGGAGGUGGGAUUUCUCUAUCCGAAGAAAAGUUCAACUGGGCCAUGGAUGAAGCGAAGUCGGACUUUCGCUGCUGCACUCUGUUGGCUUGGUGUCUCUACAAGGACGAGGACCUGGCCAACAGGAGCGUAACGGGCCAGCCCUCCAGGCGCAACCUAAAGUAUGGCGCCGUGAAAAAAAAGCCCAUCACACCAGCCGAAAUGGAUGCAAUCAAAAUUGGCUCAUCUCACUAUGUGAAGAAGCGCAAGACUACUGUGCCCUAUGACGACCGGAUCGGCAAAGCCCGCUGUCGUCUUUCGAACUUCUUAAGCAAGAAGAAUUGUCCUUCGAAGGCCGAAAAGUACCCACAGGUGCCCCUGACACCUCCUGUGCCCUUGGCGUCUUCUAACGAAAAUUAA